CUUUAUUUAUCCUGCUUUAAUCCACUGCAUACUGUUGACUUCACCAAGCAUUGUAAUUCACUGAAUAUGAUCAGAAAAGGACAAGCACUGCAGUUUAACUGGUUAUUCCAGAAAGGAGCUUUUAUUUUGCAUCCUGAUGAAACGUUUUCUGUUGAUUUUGCUAAGGUUGAAGGUGUAGUUGAAAGCUUGAGUAGGGAGAUACUUACCAUACAGGCAAAAGGUGACAAAGACGCAGCGAAAAGGCUUCUUGAUGAAUAUUGUAUACUGACACAGCCGUUGAAAGUUGCGUUGGAAAAGUUGGAAAAGAUUCAGGUGUGGGCUUUAAUGUUUAUUAGUUGCUAA